AUGGUUUAUCGCUACACUCUUCCAGCUCAGCGCAGCCCGUAUGCUUGUCAGCAACGUGAGAUUUGUCUCCGCAGCCAGACAAUCUCCAACGCCAUUGCAAGUUCACCCGGACUCAAGCGCGCAAGCCUUUAUGCACAUAGAUCCUUGAAUCCGAAAGAGGCCUCACUCGACUACAAGCCACGAGUAGAAGAGCUUGAUAAGGAGAAUAUCAAAAUCACAACAUAUCCGGUUUCAUCGACAAAUAUCUUCGAUGACAACAAGGACCAAUAUGAUCCCGCCGACCCAACGACCUGGGGCAUCAAGCCUCUUCCGCCGCUACCACAUGGUUCAUAUUCACGGAAAGCCCUUUCAAUCACGUCCAGCUCGGAUGACGAUGCCACAAUGCUGCGGAGCCCAAUUCUACCUCCCUAUGCGGAGCCCCCAGAGGACCCCAACAACCUCGCUCAGCUCAUCGAAGAUCAUCUUCGAAUUGAUGACGAGCAGCCAAGUCAUACACAGCACCGCACUACGUCUUCCUUCUAUCACGACCCAGACAGCGAGCCUUCUCGAGUGCAAUCUCCCAUAUCAAACGCCAAUGUGAAUACACUCAGUGUCACGAAUCUUGCCAAGUAUGGCAAAACAAAUGACAGACUUUCCAAUCUUCGUUCUGAAACUCCUUCAUCAGAUACAGGGGAUCUACUCUUGCAGUGGGCCAACUCCAUCUACCGCAAGAGCAGCCGUCGCUUCAGCGUUGCGAAGCAGAAGCUCACGCAGCACACAGAGACUGAGCGUCGAAGCUUCUUUGCCUAG